AUGACCAGAGUGGUGGAGAAUGUUAAAUGGCCCCGUUACCUCAACAGCACGGCCGCCAUUUAUGCGACGAAAUCGAACCACUUCUCUGACUCGUCUUCGAGCAUUGGAAGCCUUUUUUUAGGUGGAAGGGGAGUCAAUGGCGUAGACCCAGCAGACGGAGGUGGCAUUGUGCCGUACAGGUACGAACUUUACCUGGACGAACAGCUGUCUGGUUCAGACGGAGAAGACGAUCUUGACGGAGGGGCUGUUGCCAACAGUGUUGGUAACGCCGAAGGCGGUGCUGAGGGGGAAUGGCGGACCGGAGCGGGAGACAGGAAAAUACGGAAUGCCCGUGCCAUAGACAGAGUAGACAACCCCCACUCCUUCCCCUCCUAUGACCCCAUGAGUGACCCCCACCUCUCGGACUACUUUGCCAGGAAGUUUGGGUACGACCCUCCUUCUGCUGUGGCUAGGAGACGUGCUAUGUAUGGCCCGGGUGCACAGGGCAAACAACGUACGAUAUACAAGCCUGGCAGCAGGCCCAGCAGUGGCAGAACCAAACACAGCAGGAGAGAGAGCGGCAUGAUGUACAAAAUUGUUGUCAGAACUGCAGACAGGAAAAAUGCAGGCACAGAUGCAAGGGUAUUUAUAAAGAUGAAAGGAACCAAAGGAAAGAUUCCCAAGAAAAGGCUUUACAAGAAGUCUGGGUCUGUUAAGGAUAGCAAGACGUCCCACUUCAAGUUUGAGAGAGGGACAAAACACACCUUUAAACUCAGGGCAGCUGACAUAGGAGAGAUCACUAUAGAGCACGAUGGUCUGGAGAGGAAGCAAAGCUGGUUGUUGGAGUCGGUGACGAUCACAAACACGGCCAGUAAAGGGAGAGCUGGGUCUUCCCCUGUAACAACUGGCUCUCCCUGUUUGAGAGCGACUGUCAGCUCAGCAGAAUACUGUAUGCUAAGGGAGGGACCAAGUACGCAAGGACAGAAUAUGAGGUUGUCACGGUAACUGGAGACUGCAGAGGAGGUGGCACAGAUGCAAACGUCUUUGUGACCUUAUAUGGCAAAAAAGGGACCACAGCCAGAAUACCUCUAAAGAACAGGUAAAGUGUGCUGUGCUUAUUGUAUGUGUCCAGACUAUGCCUGUUCUUGAGUUAUCGAGCCAGACAUAUGUAUUAAUAAAUUAUCAUGACGUUUCUAUCGAUGUUUCUGGCUGGCCAAGGA